AUGAACCUCAGCCUCCCCGACCAGAACAUGCACGGCUCCUCCGGUGACGGCUGCCUGGAGGACGACAAGGCCGACGUCAUGCUGCCCUGCUUCCGCAGGAACAUGUACGACGAGCCUCUGGCGCCCUACUCCAACGGAUCCAUCAUCUCUCAGCUCCUCUGCAAGACCAUCCACAGCAAGAGAGCCCUGGACGAGAGCCACUUCUACCUCUCCAGCUCCGCCGCCGCCGCCGCCGCCGCCGCCGACUCUGGGCAGGAGGACCAGAGCAGCGUCUCCUCCAAGGACAGCACGGUGGAGGCGGCGUCCCCCGUCGGCCUGGUCUCCACGGGAGGCAGCCCAGAGGGGGAGCAUCCCAUCAACGACCAUCUCCAGGCCAAGAGGGCGCGGGUGGAGAACAUCAUCAGGGUGAUGGCCGGCUCGCCCAACGGCAGGCAGCACGGCGACGGCGAGAGGUCCGACGCCGACGCCAGAGACGCCCGCGAGGCCCGGGAGGCGUACAGGGAGAACAAACGCAAGCAGAGGCUGCCUCAGCAUCAGGACCACAGCUGUGCGGGGCAGGUGAGCAGAAAAGCCGGCGGCGGCGGCGGCAGUGAGAACAGCAACGCCAAAGACGAAGAGUGUCACAAGUUGAAGGAGCAGCUGCACAGCAUGCAGAGGCUGCUGCACCAGCUCCAGGAGAAGUUCCUUCAGGUCUACAACCGGGAGGAUCCGGAGUACGACAAUCCAGACGAGGCCGAUAUGGGCGCGGAGCACGACGUGCUGGAGGAAAGCUCAGAGUUACAUGAAGACGACUUCGACAGGAAGAGCAGACGGGCGGCAGCGGACUGUAAGGACCGGGCGAAAGCGACGCAGCAGAGGGAAAGUCCGAACCUGCAGGAGGCGCUGAAGCAGGAACUGUCCAGAGCUGUCAAUGACUGUGUGGACCGGGUGUUCAAGAAGGCGUCUUCCUCGGGGCUGGACCUGUCCCCCCGGCAGCACCUGUGCUCCACGCCGGAGCUGCAGCUGGUGGACAGGAAGAGCCAGCAGGCCUCCUCCGCCCUGGACCCGCCCCAGGCCGACGACCCCGCCGCCAAGCCCCGCUCGCUGGAGUACUACGACAGCUCCGAGGUCCAGAGCCCUCAGGAUCAGACGGAGGCGCUGUCGCUGGUGGUCCGCAAGCCGGCGGUGACCCCCCUGAGCUCGGUGACCCCCGCGGUGAAGAGACCCUACCCGGUUCACCAGGCGCCCUUCCAGUUCAACUACACCACCCCUCUGCACGACAGCCACAUCCUGGAGCACCUCCUCAAGUACGGGCCCCACUCCAACUUCGGCGGCCUUUCCUGCAUGCCCCCGUCGCUCGACCGGACCUCCCCGGACUCCGUGGACCUUCCCUGGGACGCCAUCGCCAUGAGGUCAAAGGUGACGUCCGGCCACCUCGGCCACCACCCUCGCUCCUCCUCCCUGGGGGCGGUGACGGUGGACAACCUGUGCCUGCCUCACGUGAAGAUCGAGUGCGGCGAGCUGCAGGGCAUGGCCGAACGAAACCCCUACAUGUCCCUCAACAUCCAGGAGGGCCUCACCCCGAGUCAUCUGAAGAAGGCCAAGCUCAUGUUCUUCUACACCCGCUACCCCAGCUCCAACGUGCUCAAGACCUUCUUCCCUGAUGUCAAGUUCAACCGCUGCAUCACCUCCCAGCUCAUCAAGUGGUUCAGCAACUUCCGGGAGUUCUACUACAUCCAGAUGGAGAAGUUCGCGCGCCAGGCCAUCCUGGACGGCGUCGGCGAGGUGAAGGACAUCUCCGUCAGCCGCGACUCGGAGCUCUUCAGGGCGCUCAACAUGCACUACAACAAAGCCAACGACUUCCACGUUCCGGACAGGUUUCUGGAGGUUGCCGAAAUCACCUUGCACGAGUUUUACAACGCCAUCACCGCGUCCAAAGACUCGGACCCGGCGUGGAAAAAGGCCAUUUACAAAGUGAUCUGCAAACUGGACAGCGACGUGCCGGAGGAGUUCAAGACGUCGUCGUACUUAUAG